AAACUCUCUCCCGUCUUUUUCUUUUUGGAGUUGUUUCCUGCUCAGACGACAAAAGGCGAGGAAGUGGGAGAGAAGUGAUCCAGGGCUUAUAGCUGUCAUCAAAAACAAAACCAAAACGCAGACCUGGCUGCCCCCAUGCCUAUCGAAUUUGUUUGCAAAAUCAAAUUUGCAGAGGAGGAUGAGAAGCAGAAAAGCAAGCAGGAUGGGGACAAGGAGAGCCUGAUCGAGGAGAGCUGCACACCUCCGGCCAAGGACCUGGCCGGGUUUGCUAACUCCUGCUCCCUUCAUGGGAUUAACCACAUCUUUGUCUCUGGUCGCCUGGGCAUCCGGCAGACUCUCUGGGCUCUUGCCUUUUUGACUUCACUGGCACUCUUUCUGUACCAAGCAGCUAAGUGUGCCAUCUCUUACCUGGAGCACCCUCACGUCACAGCUCUGAAUGAAGAGGCGACCCCCGAGAUGGUUUUCCCCGCUGUGACCAUCUGCAACAUAAACCGCUUUCGCUUCUCAGCGCUCACCGAUGCUGACAUCUACCACCUGGCUAACUUGACAGGUCUGCCCCCCAAAAACAGGGACGGGCACAAACCCACUGAUUUAAUGUAUCCUGCUCCUGACAUGCAGGACAUUUUCAACAGGACAGGACAUCAGUUAGAAGAGAUGCUCAUGAGCUGCAAUUUUAGUGGACAGAACUGCUCAGCCGAGGACUUCACUGUGGUGUACACCAGAUAUGGGAAAUGCUACACUUUUAAUGGCAACAAGACUACAUCCAGGAAAACCAAGCAGGGUGGAAUGGGAAAUGGGCUGGAGAUCAUGUUGGAUAUUCAGCAGGAUGAGUAUCUGCCAAUCUGGAGAGAGACAAAUGAGACAUCCCUGGAGGCCGGCAUCCGUGUUCAGAUCCACAGUCAGGACGAGCCUCCUUACAUCCACCAGCUGGGCUUCGGUGUCUCUCCGGGCUUCCAGACCUUUGUUUCCUGUCAGGAGCAGAGGCUGACCUACCUGCCCCAGCCCUGGGGGAACUGCCGCUCCACCAGCAAAGAGAAGUUCCCAGGAUACGACACAUACAGCAUCAGUGCCUGUCGCCUGCUCUGCGAGACCAACGAGGUCCUACGAGUGUGCAACUGCAGAAUGGUGCACAUGCCCGGAACCGCAGAUAUCUGCCCUCCCAGUAAAAUCAACUGUGUUGACAAAGCGCUAGCACAGCUACAGAAGAAUAGCGGGGACACCUGUCCAUGUGAGACGCCCUGUAAUCUCACCCGCUACGGUAAAGAGCUCUCCAUGGUCAAAAUCCCCAGCAAGGGCUCAGCUCGCUAUCUCUCCAGGAAAUACGACAAGUCGGAGGACUACAUCAGAGACAACUUCCUGGUCUUGGAUAUCUUCUUCGAAGCUCUGAACUAUGAAACGAUUGAGCAGAAGAAGGCGUACGAUGUUGCAGGUUUAUUGGGUGACAUUGGUGGACAGAUGGGUUUAUUCAUCGGAGCCAGCAUCCUGACAGUCUUAGAAAUACUGGAUUAUAUCUAUGAGGUGAUCAAGCACCGGCUACAGCGUCUGCUGAGGCCGCAGAAAGAGGAGAAGAAGAACAAGCAGCAGGCCAGCACUGUUGCAACAGUGGGUCUAGAGGAAAUGAAAGCAAAGGAGCCCAAUGACAUGCCACGGAGUCACCCAGAGGGGGCCUAUGCCAACACGAUUCUCCCCAACCACCACGUCCCUCACCCUCAUCCUCACCCUCACCCCCAUCCUCAUCCUCACCACCACCAUGCCGGACACCACGGGGUGUUUGAGGACUUCGCUUGCUAAAGCCAACCAUUGUUUCCCGUCUUGGUGACAACAGAAGAUAAGAGCUGUCUGUGUUGAGACCAAUAACAGACCCUUGGCAUUUCCGUCACUCCUUUGCUGUCACCAGUGAAAAGCUACAGCCAAAGUCAAACACCAAACUUGUGCUGCUAACAAACCACUUGUACGUACAGUAUGUAGGCACAAAACGGACACGGCUUUUUCUCCUUUCCUUUUUUUUUUUUUUUUUUUUUUGCUCUAUCUCUCUCUCUGUCUCUGGAUGGGAUCCCACUCAACAUCGCCCCGCUUCACGUUGUGAUUCAAGACACCUUGUGAUUUCAGGACCAAUUUUUUGGUACAUGAUCACUACGAGGGAACAAGGGGAGGACUGCAUGUCACCUUGAUCCAGUUUAUAUUCCAAAAAAAGAAAGAAAAAAGAAAAAAAAAUAUGAUUUAUUUAUUCAGCUAGCAUCUCAGAUUUUUUUUCUGUCUGUAUCCCUCCAUGUAUGUCUCUUGAAACUGUUUCUCUUACUUUGAGGAGAACACAGUGUACCAUAUCAAGUCAUCUACACAAUAUAUUAUGUAAUUAUUUAAAGAGAUACUAUUAUAUGUUCUAUAUUGUAUACAAGAUGACAAUAAUUCAGUAAGCAUACCUUAUUCACCAUCCAAAGUAUGAAGGGAACUAUUUAGGCUGAAAUAUAUGACCUUGGCUUAGAAGAUCUAGCAGCAUCUUUCCACAUGAUACACUUUGUCUGGUUUGUGGUUAAGGUGUUAGAGAGUAGCAUUGUACCUGUACAUAAAGUCCAACGUAAAAAUGAGAAAGUUCUAAAGGUUCUGUUUCGAUGGUUGUUGUUUAUUUUUAGUUAAUAUAUACCUUAUGUACUAUUAAUUUUGGUUAUUUAUACAUUUUAGAGAAUUUUUAUAUGAAAAUAUAGCGAUCACGAUUGUAGCAAUUACUGUACACUUUCAAUCUGCAGAUACGAUAGACUGCCAGACAUCGAUACUUUCGUCCAGGUAACAAGAACGGACUGAAUGCAUUGUGACUAUUAUAUCCAUCAUUUCCUUUAAGAUGUCUGAGACAACACAAACAUGCUUUGCUUAUGGAUGGGCUUUGGGUUAUGUUUUCACUUAUGACAAGGUUGUGCUUUAAGUAUUCCUCCUAUUCGACUCAUUUCUGCCCACCAUCCACUCUUCAUCUUGGUUAGCAUCCUUACUUAAAGCUGACAUAAGCAAUAAGAGAAUUUUUUAAUUUUUUUUUGCCAACUCAUCUCCUUCAGAACUACUGUAAAAGUGCAGCAGCUAUUUACAGUGGGGACCCAGCAUCUGUGUGUGUGUGUGUGUGUGUGUGUGUGUGUGUGUGUGUGUGUGUGUGUGUACGGGUUCGUACUAUCCUGGUGGGGACCAAAAUCUGACAUUUACUAUACUGGUGGGGACUUUCUGCACUGUGGGGACCAAAAUCCAGGUCCCCUCGGGGUUGAAAGCAAUUUUCACACUGAA